UUAGCUGAUUUCCUAGAUAAUCGUUCUAUAGAGAUGGUAUCAAUUGAUGAAUUAACAAAGGAAGCAAUUAUGCUGAGAUAUCUGAAGAAGAAGGAAUGGAUAGAGGAACACGAGUGUUCAAAUGUAGUGAUAUCCUUAUGGACUACUUCUGCUGCAAGACUCCAUCUCCUUCGCCUUAUGCAAAAAGUGGCACGAACUCCAGACUGCACCCUCCUUUAUACUGAUACAGAUUCUUUGAUUUUUUCACACCCUGAAGAUAAUAAUCCUCUGGAACUUGGACCUCACCUUGGAGAUCUUACAGAUGAAUACCCUAAUCAUGAAAUACUUGAGUAUUGUAGCGGUGGUGCAAAGCAGUAUGGUCUGAAACUUAAACGAAAAUUUGUACAUAAUGAAGAGCCAGAAUAUGUCUUAAAGGUACGGGGAAUAACACUAAAUUAUGACGUCAUAAAUAAUCAAGGACUAAGAUAUCAAACAUUCAAAAAUUCAAUUUUACAAUAUGUUCAAACCUGUAAUCCUAUCUCAAUACCUUUAAUAUAUCCUAAUUUUCUUCGUCCAUCUGUCAAAAAAGGUUGUGUCAUCUCUCAACCAUUAACUAAAAUUUAUAAACCUUUUGUUGGAAAAGGAAUAAUUCGUCCUAGUGAUUUUUCUGUUUUAGACUUUGGUUUUGUUAAGAGUUUAUCUCUUUAA